GAGCGUUUUUCAACAUGGAAAGCGGAAGUCUGGGUCGCUGCGAUGCGACCUCUGGCGACCGGUGAAGAGGUAAAUUUCAGCAGACUAAAUUCAUUAAAAUGUUGGCAUCAACUGUAAACAAACUUUCAACAUUUUCUAGGGUCAGCCUGUGUCAUUUGCCAAGAUGCUCGGCCUCUGGUGCUUUCAUAUCACAUAGACACUACUCAAAUGGAGCAGAGAAUGAUCUUAUAGUGAUAGGAUCAGGGCCUGGGGGCUAUGUUGCUGCAAUCAAGGCUGCACAACUUGGAAUGAAGACAGUAUGUAUAGAGAAAGAAGCAACACUUGGAGGAACAUGCCUCAAUGUGGGAUGUAUCCCAUCUAAAGCUCUUCUCCAUAACUCACAUCUGUAUCACCUAGCUGUUGGAAAGGAUCUCAAUAACAGAGGAAUAGAAUUUGAUGGUGUUCGUUUAAACCUAGAGAAGAUGAUGUCACAGAAAGAAAAAGCUGUAAAAGGUUUAACUGGUGGAAUAGCCCAUCUCUUUAAACAAAAUAAGGUGACACAUGUCAGUGGACAUGGUAGAAUUACCGGUCCUAAUGAAGUGACAGCUUUAAAAAAUGAUGGCAGCUCAGAAGUUGUUACAGCCAAAAAUAUUCUCAUUGCAACAGGAUCUGAAGUGACACCUUUCCCAGGAAUUGAUAUUGAUGAAGAAACAGUAGUAUCAUCAACUGGUGCUUUGUCACUAAAGAAAGUACCAGAGAAAAUGAUAGUGAUUGGUGCUGGUGUUAUUGGACUCGAACUGGGAUCUGUGUGGCAAAGACUUGGUGCCAAAGUCACAUGUGUGGAAUUCCUUAGUCAUGUCGGUGGAUUAGGUAUUGACAUGGAGGUUUCUAAAAACUUUCAAAGAAUUCUCAAAAAGCAAGGACUGGAAUUUAAAUUAGAUACAAAAGUUGUUUCAGCAUCCAGAGAUGGCAGUAAUAUCAAAGUGGCAAUUGAAGGGGUUAAAAAUGGAAAAUCAGAAGAAAUGGAUUGUGACACAUUAUUAGUUUGUAUUGGUAGACGUCCCUAUACAAAUAACCUUGGUUUAGAAACAUUAAAUAUUUCGACAGACAAUAGAGGUAGAAUACCUGUUAACUCAAGAUUCCAAACUUCAGUACCUAGUAUAUAUGCUAUAGGAGAUUGUAUAGAAGGUCCUAUGCUAGCACAUAAAGCUGAAGAUGAAGGAAUAAUUUGUGUAGAAGGAAUGUGUGGUGGUGCUGUACAUAUUGACUAUAACUGUGUACCAUCUGUAAUCUACACACAUCCAGAAGUCGCGUGGGUCGGUAAAAAUGAAGAACAGCUUAAAGAAGAGGGAGUAGAAUACAAUGUUGGAAAAUUCCCAUUAGCUGCGAACAGUCGUGCCAAGACAAUUGAUGACACUGAUGGCUUUGUGAAAGUUCUGGGAGAUAAGGCUACUGAUAGAAUUCUAGGAGUACACUUUAUUGGAUCUGUUGCUGGAGAGUUAAUUAAUGAGGCUGUGCUAGCCAUGGAGUAUGGAGCAUCAUGUGAAGAUGUAGCACGAGUUUGUCAUGCUCACCCUACGGUUGCCGAAGCCCUGCGAGAAGCCAAUUUGAUGGCAUACUCAGGAAAACCCAUCAACUUUUGAACAGAUCGUUACAAAGUAUGACAGAGUUAGGAGUAGAAAUUGACAGAAUCGUUAAAUCUCAUCAGUUGUUUUCACAUCUAAUGAAAGAUCUUAUUUUCAAAUCAUUGUUGAUAGUUGUCGAUGAAUAUUGCUUGAUUUUUAUUGUGUUAAAGACAUUUAAAAAAAAUAAGGCAAUCUCUAUAAAGUGGCCAACUAUAUUUGUAAUGCUUUAUUCUCAUUUUGUAUGGCAUAAAAAAACAAAGGCCCUUGGCUGCAAGAAAUGUUUGAUUCUGUGUUGUUUAAACUGUAGUCACUGUUAACAAUUAAGAGAAAAUUGUUAACCAAUAAAUCUGUAUUUUUGUUUUGUUAUUGAAAAAUUGAAAAAAAUAAUUUAUUCAAGGAAACUACAUGAUUAUAUCAGUGGCAAUAUCACAAAUUUGGACUUUAAUCCUUGUGAAGAUUUUAGAUAUGAAUGGCGAUUCCUGUUCAUUAGAAGCAUGUAUGUACAGGUUAUAUUCAUAUAUAUGUUUUAAAAUUUUAAUGUUUGAAUAUUGAUACAUGUAUGUACUGAUGAAUCAAGAUUAUAGCAGGACUUACUUAUGUGCCUAUAAAGAAUGUUCAAAGAAAAAAAAGAAAGAAAAAUAUUUAAAGAGAAGCAACCAUGCAUGGAAUAAAGGAUAAAAAAAAGCACAAUUUUAAAAUAAUGAUAUCAUUGUGAAACUUUACAGUUCUCACCAAUUUCUAACAUCUGUCAUUUUUCUUAUGUUAUUUAUUUGAUAGAAUUGAAAUACAUUUUUAUGUUUUUGUUAAAUCUAGGCAUUAAAAGUGCUUGACAAUAGAGUGAUUGUAUAUA